AACUCAGGCAGUUCUGAAGAGCAGCAGCACAAAGCAGCUUUAAACCAGCAGCUUCAGCGGAGUCUCAUCACCGCAGCUCAGCUCAGGGAGAUAAACCCGGUCUCUGAGCUCCAGUGGAGAGUCCUGACAGCUGCUUUUAAACAGCAGGAGGCUAUUAAACAAUGAGAGAGGAGGCAUGGAGCUCCAGGACCUGCAGACUGACCGCUGGAAGAAGAAGCGCAUCUCUGCAGCCGGCUGUGUGUGAUACCCGGGACCGCCAAGCAUGAAGAGUCCGGCUCUGCCUAUCCUCACUGUGGCCUCCAUCCUGCACUGUGUGACAGCCUCAAGAUGUGCAGGCCAUGCCUGCAGCCCCCCUGUGGGUAACUUGGCUGCUGGCAGGACCCUCAGUACCCUCCACACACACGCGUCCUGCUGCAACAACAGCUCCAUCCAGGAGGAUCCUCACCCCCCUGAUCUGAUGGUGGACGACCCCUUCCUGCACCCCAACACCUGGUGGGACUCAGGUGCGGCCGCAGGGGGCCAGGACGAGAUCCACCUGAACCUGGAGGACCGUUUCUGCCUCACCCAUGUGGUGAUGGUGUUCCGCUCGCCCCGCCCCGCCGCCAUGAGCCUGGAGCGCUCGCGGGACUUUGGGCGCAGUUGGGAGGCGCUGAAGCUGUUUGCCGAAAAUUGCAGUGCUGUGUUCGGAGAGGCAGAUGAUGUGCACCAGCAGGGGGCACUCUGUACGUCCAGAUAUUCAAGUCCGGUGCCGUGCACUGGAGGAGAGGUCAUUUACCGCUCUAUGGGUCAAGCUGGCCGGAUAGAUGACCCUUACAGCCCUGAAGCUCUUUCAGUCCUGACCCUCACUAACCUACGAAUACGCCUCCUGAAGCCUCACCACUGCAGACACACUGCUCCACACCACAGAAUCAGCCCAGGCGUAUCUGGACAGUUACUGCGCAGCUCGGCACACCGGGACCUUUCUGCCCCGUAUGCUGUGUAUUCGCUUCUGGCCCGAGGAACCUGCCUGUGCCAUGGCCACGCAGAGCACUGCCUGCCUGCUGAAGGAGGACGAGACGCCGUGCAAACCAGCACUGUGGUGCAGGGCAGGUGUGUUUGCGCUCACCACACAGCAGGUGCUCACUGUGAGAGGUGUGCCCCCCUGUACAACGAUCGUCCCUGGAGGGCGGCCAACGGCAGCAGCGGGGAACCAAACCCCUGCCAAAAGUGUGAAUGUCACGGUCAUGCACAGAGCUGCCACUUCUCCCAGAGGGUGUGGCGCUCCACAGGGGGCAUCAGCGGAGGCGUGUGUGAUAACUGCCAGCACAACACAGUGGGUCGCAGGUGCCAACGCUGUCGGCCGGGGUACCACCGCCACCCAGCCAGACCGCUGAACUCACCACAGGCCUGCACACGCUGUUGGUGUGAUCCAGUAGGAUCUGUUCCAGCACUGAACGGUGCAGAGGGGACCUGGUGCCACCCCAGAAGCGGGCAGUGCCACUGUAAGCCAGGAGUUGGGGGCACGAGCUGCGGUCACUGUCUUCCUGGACACUGGGGCUUCGGACUGGGUGGCUGCAGACCCUGCACGUGCCCUUUGACCUGUGACCCCGUAACAGGGCACUGCUCAGACGGCAAAGCCAACGCUCAGUUUUACAAUGUUCCCAUUGGAGGCAAAAUUCCUGACCUGACCCACUUUUGGCCACACGAGGAGGACAAAGUGUGGUCCAAAGAGCUCGCUGUCUCUGCACUGUACUACACAGGUAAAUGCAACUGUAAAGAGAGGAAGCUGAAGAGUGUAUCUGACCUGUGUAAGAUGAAACAUUCAUAUGUCAUAAAAGCCAGUGUUCUGUCGGCUCAUGAUAAAGGCACUCAUGCCGUGGUGCAGGUGAAGGUGAGGAAGGUGCUUCGCUCGGGGCUCCUGCUGCUCUCUCAGGGCACCCACAGCCUGUACCCUCUGUCCUGGACCAGUCGAGGCUGCACCUGCCCCGUCCUCAACCCAGGAGUGGACUACCUGCUGGCGGGCCCAGAGGAGGUAGAAUCAGGACGGCUGCUGGUCACCAUGCAGAGUCUGGUAGUGCCGUGGACCCCUACACUUGGUUUCCUGGUCUCAGAAGCUCUACGGCAGGGAUGUAUAUGACACAGCAUAAAGGAUGUUAACAGAGACAUGGAGAUACCAAAACCAUGGAGAACUCACAAGCCACAUCUGUUUUUAUCCAGAAGUGUUUUAUAAGUUCAGGGUGCUGAAGAUUGUCGGGGCAACAUGUGGAAGAACGUCAUGAACAUAUCACUAAGCCCUCACAUCACUACUAGGGGUGACUGACUGUCAUAUACUUUGACUUCCCGGAAGUAUUCGACCCCCCACCCACCUGGAUUCUUAACUUAAUACAAAAUAAUUCCAGUCUGUAGCAGCCCAGGUCCAGGUUGCUUGUUCACAACGUCACAGGAAAUGAAAGAAAUUAUGAUGGAUGACUGACUGACAGGCAGAGACAGAACCUAUGAUGCACCCCCUCUCAAAGUCUGUCAACUGAGGAAAAAAGUUUUUGAAUGUGUUGUAAAGGCAUGUCUAGCAAUCAACAGUCUCUCACCAAGAGGUACACUACCCAAAAGUAGCUUCUGAGGACCUCUUGUAUGCCCAUUUACUGUAAAAUGAAUCAGGGAUGACUGAAGCCCCAUCCAUAUAUGAAGUAGAACUCUUGUCAGCAUGAACAAGAGUAUACAGCUCUGGAAAAAUAAAAAAAAUAAAAGAUACCGCUUAAAAAUGAUGGGUUUCUUUGAUUUUACCAAAUGAAAUUGAAAACCUCUGGAAUAUAAUCAAGAUGAAGAUGGAUGAUCACAAGCCAUCAAACCAAACUGCACUGCCUGAAUUGAAUUUUUGCAUCAGGAGUGAGUAGCAUAAAGUUAUCCAAAAGCAGUGUGCAAGACUGGUGGAGGAGAACAUUCCAACAUGCAUGAAAACUGUGAUUAAAAACCAGGGUUAUUCCACCAAAUAUUGAUUUCUGAACUCUUAAAACUUUAUGAAUAUGAACUUGUUUUAUUUUUCUUUGCAUUAUUUGAGGUCUGAAAGCUCUGCAUCUUUAUUUUUAUUUUAGCCAUUUCUUAAUUUCUGCAAAUAAAUGCUCUAAAUGACAAUAUUUUU